CUGAGAGACUCCAGGGGCAUUUUGAGCAGCACAGCAGAGAUUUGUGAGCAGUACCAGACAGCUUUAAUUUUAUUCAGAACAAGCUGACUUCUUAACCACAGCUUCUGUAAAAGGGGAUCUUCAUCAGCGCUUAAGGCAUCAUGGGAAACCGCCAGUGUGCAGUUGGAAUUAACAAUAAUACCAACAACUACAUGCUACGUAACCCCAUAGUGUACGUUUACAGUGGACACUGCCAAGAUGCUUUACCAUCAACACUUGGACCAUCUGAAAAUGGUUCUGCUUUGUUCACAAAGACUCCUAACACAGCCUGUGGAGCUGUGGGUGUCUUCACCUACGACCUCUACAGCGAAUCUACAAAUAGAGACGAAAAGAAGAUGGCUGUCAUGUUCUCCAAUCCUUACAACUUCAACUUCUACUCUAACCUUUAUGCAGUGGGACUCUUUGACAAGAAUGAACUUGUUGAUUACAGUCUGUAUGAUAAAAUGUAUUACAAGACAGGGAUAGAGUUUGUCAGAGAUCAUGCUGGUUCUGAUCUGAUUUACAAGGGAAAUGGUUUGAUCAUCUCAGCUACCAUGACUGACAGUUACCAGCCACAGCUGGAUGUCAACAUUAUCAGCAGCAUAAACGGCUAACGGAAGGAAAUGUGCUUCAUCUUUUCCUUUCUCAGAAGCUGAUGAUACAGGAUGUUUUAGAGUUUUAAACAUUUAACCAAAGUAUGAUUCACAUCUUUCAUUAAAGUGUGCAGUUUGUUGUGUUUUAAUUAACAGACAUUGACUUUAUCCUGUCUUUUGUUCUGGGUUUGGUCUGAACCUCCGCAGAAAGAUGUCUUUCUCUCCACUGCUACAUGCUCCUGAUAAACUUGUGUUCUAAUAGAAUAUCAACCAGAUCAAUAAUCACUGAAAAUGAAACAUGAACUGAUUGUCUGCUGGAUAAUAAAUAUAUGUAUGACUGGAA